GCGCAACCAAACAGUGUGGAGAUACGCUCCUGCGAGUUACGAUCCAUACGAUCGCGAUCGCGAUCGCGAGGUGCUUGCGCAUGCUUGUGAACUCGUGCUUCAAAGAGAGUUUACCGCGUUCGAAACAUAGAUAUAACAUACCUACGUUUAGAAAUACCUUGGUCAGUGCUUCCGCGUUAAAUGGAUUAGCAGACGACUCUGAAGUCGUUCGAUGAGCAGCCAAAUGAUCGCUUAACUUACUCGCUUGCAAUGAAAACAUAGGAGAACGUUUCGCUUGUCCAUAUGCAUCCGUGAGGAAAAGAAGGUUGGAUCAACGAUCUACGAUGCAGUACGCUCGCGUGGGUAGUGACUUAACAGUACGAUAAGAACCGUACAGACGGCGAUAAAAACGAUAAGAAAAGAUCGUCAACGGGUGAAACAUAGCUGCGAGCAGUGGGCCAAAUAUGAGGUAUCGCUGGAACUACCAGGCUACCGUUUCUUCGCAUCGCUAGUCCUCUAUUUUCCCUCAGUGUCUCUAAUAUCGUCGUUUUCUACGUCGUCGAGAGAAAAGUUUCGAACGUUAAUCGAAAAGGGAAACUAACCGCGUGUUCCGCAGAGAUAAGCAUGCCGCUGUUCAAAGCGCGUGUUGUCGAAAGGUCGCCCACGUUAGAGAAGGUUUCAAACGGUAACACGCACUACGGGAACAACAAUUGCCAUCAAACUGGCAACGAAAACGACCAGGAAGCCGCGAACAACGAGGGCGGCACGCGUGCUCAAAAGAACAAUGCGGCUACUCCCAAUCAAACACAAGAACAACGACGAUCAUCCAAAGUGUUGAAGCCACUUUUGGUGUUCCAUUGUCAGCUGGCGCACGGGAGUCCUACAGGACGGAUAUCGGGUUUCAGUAACGUACGGGAACUUUACCAGAAAAUUGCGGAAUGCUACGACUUACCGAUGGAAGAAAUACUUUUCUGCACGCUGAACACGUACAAAAUCGAGAUGACGGAACUGCUGGGUAGUCAGAUUGGUGUCGGUGAUUUUAUAUUUGCGCAUAAAAAAGGACGACCCAAGGAGAUCGAGUUGGUGAAAACGGGCGAUGCUCUGGGAUUAACGAUAACCGACAACGGCGCAGGAUACGCUUUCAUAAAACGUAUUAAGGAAGGAUCCGUGAUCGACAGGAUAAAGGUGAUAGAAGUCGGGGAUCAUAUAGAGAAAAUCAACUCAACCAAUUUGGUCGGUAAACGACACUUCGAGGUGGCGAAAAUGCUAAAGGAAAUCCCGAAAGGUUCCACGUUUACGUUGAGGCUGGUGGAGCCAUUGAAGAAUGGCUUCGGGAGCAUCGGUCCACGGGGAGACCUCAAGAAAGGAAAGAAAUCGGGUUACGGUACCGGAAAGGAGACACUUAGGUUCAAAGCCGACGGAAGCGCGCAAAUUAUAGAGAUGGUGGAUGAUACUGCCAUGAUAGGCAUUGAAAAGAUCAACGUGAUUUUGGAAAGCUUCAUGGGUAUCUACGAUACAGAAUUAGCAACACAAAUCUGGGAGCUUUCAGAAGGCAAGGCCAACAGCAUCGAUUUCGCGGAGGCGAUAGACAAUUCAGAUUUGGAAGCCUUUGGGUUCAAUGAUGACUUUAUCAUAGAAUUAUGGGGUGCUAUUACCGAUGCCAGAGCUGGACGACAUCGAUGAUACAAAGAAUUAUUUAAGUGGAAGCAGAAUGGAGCACUCAAAGCCAUGAUUAUCAUGCUAAAUGAUUUGUUAAACGAUGUUACCAAAAUUUGAAUCAUGCUCAGUGAUUAAAAUGAUUGGUCUAUCGUAGGCCUAAAUCAUUAAGAAAUACUCCACAGAAUGAUUGCAAUGUAAAUUAUUCACCUGUUAGUGUGUAGAAAUUGUAUAAUUUAUGAUAUAACUUUAUAAAUACAUAGUAUUAUAAAAGAUAGAAAAUAAAAAAUUUUGAAAACAG